AUGCCCGGUUUUCACAGGCAGGGGCUACCUUGUUCCAUUGUUUUGCUGGCAUUCUGGACUGUUUCCUCCUGUGUAUAUUGGAAUCUACAACACGAACCAUGGCGGAUGAGCAGGAGAUAAUGUGCAAAUUGGAAAACAUCAAGGAAAUCAGAAAUAAGACCAUUCAUAUGGAGAAGAUUAAGUCCCGGCUGAAGUGCGAGUUUGAAUCGCUGGAGUCGGAGGAGAAGCACCUGAAGGAAUACAAGCAGGAGAUGGAGUUGCUGCUGCAGGAGAAGAUGGCUCACGUGGAGGAGCUGCGCCUCAUUCAUGCCGACAUCAAUGUGAUGGAGAACACUAUCAAGCAGUCGGAGAGCGACCUGAGCAAGCUGCUGGAGUCGACGCGGCGCCUUCACGAGGAGUACAAGCCGCUGAAGGAGCACGUGGACGCGCUGCGCUUGACCCUGGGGCUGCAGAGACUGCCGGACCUGUGUGAGGAGGAGGAGAAGCUGUCGCUCGACUACUUUGAGAAGCAGAAAGCGGAGUGGCAGACAGAGCCUCAGGAGCCGCCCAUCCCCGAGUCUUUGGCAGCUGCUGCCGCCGCCGCGCAGCAGCUCCAGGUGGCACGGAAACAGGACACGAGACAGACUGCCACCUUCAGACAGCAGCCGCCACCAAUGAAGGCUUGCCUGUCCUGCCACCAGCAGAUCCACAGGAACGCGCCAAUCUGCCCUCUGUGCAAAGCCAAGAGCCGCUCACGCAACCCCAAGAAACCCAAGAGGAAGCAGGACGAAUAGGAGCAGAGAUACGGGGCUGCAUUCAUUAAGAACUCACCCCGCUGCUGAAUGUGCACCAUGUCUUUGUGAAGCGAAUACUGAAUUGGUAAAUCUACAGAAGCUGCACAAACAGCUAACGUGCACACAGGAACUCUGAUUAUGGGGUUAGUUAUUUAAAGCUUUUUAACAUCCGUCUAUGUUGUUUUUUUAAAAAAAAAAAAAAAAAAAAAAAAAGCUGGUGUUAUCUUAGAACCGUAGUUUAUGCUCUGUGGGUGCAGCUGCUGGUAAUAUUAUUGUGCGAGACUGAAGCCCUGUCUUGUGUUGGUUAAACACUGGGGAAAUAUUAAUUAGCUUUGUUUUUUUUUGUUUUUUUAAAUAUAUAUUUAAAUAUGAUGUAAGCACAUUUUUUUUUUUUUUUUUUUUGUAAUUGAUUUUGGAGAAAAUGUUUCAUGGUGCUAUUAUUAUUUUUUUUUUAAUAUUACAAUUUUAUGUACUCAAGUGGAUUUAAGAAAUUGAUAUUUGUAUGAAGGGAAUACCAGUGUAUAUGUAAAAGCAUACAUGUACCAAUCAAAAUAGUGCUGUGUUGGUUAUGAAGGACCAGUGUCCUCCCAUCAUGCUGUCUUUUUACUGAUGUAGUAACUGCGUACAUGCCAAAACAUUUCCACGAUUCCAUUAUGAGACUGUUAAAGGCAGCAUUGUAAGUAGACAUUGUGCUGUGUGGAGGUUGUAGUAUUAAAUGUCAAGGACCAAGGAUUAAACUGUAUCCAGAAAUAGUA